AUUGGAGACGAGACACAAAACAGGACCCAGAGCCAUUUUAGCCUCCAUGCUCCACAUGCACUCCAUGCACUCUGUAGAUAAAUUGUGCUGCUCUGAUUUUUUUCUUCAAGACUUGAAACCAUUCCAUUGUUGUGGAUUAGAAAACGUAGCACGAUGCCACAAAGGCUUCAGCCGUGCCAGAUUCUGGACCCUGGAAGGUCUUUGAGGGAGAAGGCGAGUUACGUGAACCCGAUCCGGGACGAGGAAUUCUGGGAGAAAUUCCACCGCAAGCACAAGCAGGUGUUUGAAGUAAAGGAAAAGAUAAAGCUGGAGGCUUGGAAAGUGGAGGAGGAGCCAAAAAUAGAGAUGUGUACAGGCGAUGAAGGUGUCCGCCACUCGACCCCACCAGACUACUCGCACAAAAAUAAGGAUUUGCCCCUAAAGCGGCCAAAGUCUCGGAACAGAGGAGACACCGACAACCUCUGGAAGCAUAUAUGGCGCUCCAGGAAGCUGGUUUCGGCCGUCAAGCAGGGUAGUAGCUACUUUCAGCUUCUGCAGGAGGAAGAGGAGCAGAAGAAUGAAAAGAGGAGAAAGAAAGAAGAGAGGAGACGCACUGAUCUUCAACAUCGAUCCUCCAUCUCUGACUCUGAGAAUGAGGAGGAGAGAAGAUCUGUUAAUGGAGGAGUUUCCUCAUCACCACUGAGACAGAAUAAUAGAAGGCGGGCCCAACAACUCCGCCCCUUUACCCCGGUCCACCAAUCGCUGACUUCGGAUCAGCCACAGGCGCUUUCAGAGGAACAUGUGUAUCGGCAGCUUUGCUGUCUGUGCUGGUUGUUGGAGGCGCUGACUCUGGAACGUUCCGGAAGAUUCGGAUCUGUGGCUUCCUGCUGGGAUGCUAAGGAUCCGGGGCGGAGCAGAAACACUCUGAAAUUUGUGAUCAGAGAGAAGUUGAUUCAGGCAAAGUGGGAGCGAUUCAUCUCUCCACCCAAGUCUCUGUAUCCUGUAACCAGAUUGUCUCACAUCACCUCUCUCACCCACAAGCCCCCAGCGCUCAGUGCCACUUCGUCAUCGGUGUUAACAACCUCGUUGCUAGGCAACAUGUCCUCCUGUGACGUCACUUUUUCGGGUGAAGAGAGCGCGUGUCCGAGUGUCCUGCUGCAGUCAGAGGCGGAUCCCCCUGUUUCUAAAUACUUGCAGAAGCUGAUAGAUGAAGUUCACCAAAGUGUUUCCAAAGAACUUUAUGGUUCAACCACAGAGUGCAGCUCUGACACAGAUAUGAUCAGUUUUGAGAAACUCAGAGCCCAGAGUAACACACAGGACAGCAGAGUCACUGGGAAACUGGAGUCACACACAGCAAAAAGUUCACAACGUUCUUUAGCGUCCACCGUAUUUAGCCAGGAGAAGGCGGCCAUGUUGAAGGAAAUGAAGCUAAUGUUUAAAGACAGAUCUCAGGAAUUAUCACUGAGAUUAAUGGAUACUCUCGACCUCCAAGCCAAGAAGAGGUGGAUGAGUGGAGUACAGAGAUAUCAGUCCCUCUCCAACAUGGCUGCCUCCAGAUGUCAUACCUCCUCUGUGCCUUUCACCCCAAGUCCACAAGUGCGGGAGUCUGACGCACAAGACAUUCCCUACAGUACUCACUGGCUGUCAGCCUUACUUGGCAGCUUGCCCACUCACACACACUUGAAUAGGAAGAUGGUGUGUGUGUUGGAGAAACUGAAGCGUUACACCCAGGAGAGAACUCUGCGCAUCCGACCACACGUCUUCCUCAGGGUCCUAAACUCUCUCCAGCCUUGGGAGCUGUGCUGUCCUGAACUGUGUGUGGCUAUAGAGAUAGUGAGGGAGAACGCAGUAAGGAUGUCUACAGAUGAGUAUGACUCCUGGCUGUGUGGUAAAGUCAACCUUCCAUAGGGUGUAAAAACCAGCAGAUAAUUUCUACAUGUAUCUCUAAUAAUAAUAAUAAGAAGAAGAAGAAGAAGAAGAAGAAGAAGAAGAAGAAUUGUGUCUGAAGUUGUGGGACAGUUUGUGGGGCAGACGGAUGGAUGAUAGAUCGACAGAUCGGUAGAUGGGUAGCUCGAUUACAUUGGGUGGAUGACUCAUGGAUGGAUAACUCAAUGGAUGGAUGGAUAGUUUGAUGCAUGGAUGGAUGGAUGGAUGGAUGGAUGGAUGGAUGGAUAGAUUGUUGUUUAGCUGGAUGGAUGAUAGAUGGGUGGAUCGAUUGGUGGUUAGAUAGAUACUGUAGACAUAGAUUUUUAGCUGGAUGGAUGGAUAAAAUAUGGAUAUAAAGAUGGGUAAUUGGAUGGAUAAAUAGAUGGAUGGACAGACAGAUGGAUAUAAGGAUGGAUAGAUCAAUAGAUGAUGUAUUUUACUGAUCUGUGCUAUAUUGUGCACUUUUAUGUAAAAACAGCUCAAACUGAAUGAUUAUUAAAGCGAAAUCUACAUCA